GCAAGUUUGCGCUGGGAUUUGGUAUUUCUGGCCGCCCAACCCCACAAAACCCCCACGAAACCCACCCGCAUUUCCCCUGUGCAGCUGUGCUGGCCAAGUCGUCUGGACUCUGGAGCCUGUCUGCCCGUCCCGGUUCAGCUUGCUCGCCUCGCUUAUGAGUUCUGAGCUGUGACAAGAACUCAGGAGGUGGUUGACGGGUGAAGCGAUGGUGGGGAGCUACGCGAACGGUGGCGGGGCUGCGCCGGCGGCGGUAGCGGCGGAGAAGCUCGACGAGCUGCGGCUGCUGCUGGGGAAGUCGGACGGCGACACGCUGCGGGUCGUCGGGGUGGGCGCCGGGGCGUGGGGGAGCGUGUUCUGCGCGCUUCUGCAGGACGCGUACGGCCGGCACCGCGACCGGGUGCAGGUGCGCGUGUGGCGCCGCGCCGGGCGCGCCGUAGACCGCGCCGACGCCGAGCGCCUCUUCGAGGUCAUCAACUCCCGCGAGGACGUGCUGCGCCGGCUCAUCCGCCGCUGCGCCUACCUCAAGUACGUCGAGGCGCGGCUCGGGGACCGCACGCUGCACGCCGACGAGAUCCUCCGCGACGGCUUCUGCCUCAACAUGCUCGACACCCCGCUCUGCCCGCUCAAGGUCGUCACCAACCUGCAGGAGGCCGUUUGGGACGCCGACAUAGUUAUAAACGGCCUGCCCUCCACGGAGACCAGGGAGGUAUUCGGGGAGAUCGGGAGGUACUGGAAGGAGCGGAUCAGCCAGCCGCUCAUAAUCUCGCUGGCAAAGGGGAUCGAGGCGUCGCUCGACCCUGUGCCCCGGAUCAUUACGCCCACGCAGAUGAUCAGCAAUGCAACUGGAGUUCCCUUGGAGAACAUUCUAUAUCUUGGAGGCCCAAACAUUGCUUCUGAGAUUUAUAACAAAGAAUAUGCGAAUGCUCGCAUAUGUGGAGCUGACAAGUGGAGGAAACAUCUUGCAAAUUUCUUGAGGCAACCUCAUUUUAUUGUAUGGGACAAUAGUGAUCUCAUUACUCAUGAAGUCAUGGGCGGCUUAAAAAACGUAUAUGCCAUUGGGGCCGGUAUGGUGGCGGCCCUUACGAAUGAGAGUGCAACCAGCAAAUCAGUAUACUUUUCACUUUGCACAUCGGAAAUGAUAUACAUCACUCAUCUUCUAGCACCAGAGCCCGAGAAACUUGCAGGACCCUUAUUAGCUGAUACAUACGUCACACUGCUGAAAGGUCGCAAUGCAUGGUAUGGGCAGAAGUUAGCUAAGGGAGAACUGACUCUAGAAAUGGGGGACAGCAUCAAGGGCAAAGGGACUAUCCAGGGUGUUUCUGCAGUCAAUGCAUUUUAUGAACUGCUGAGCCAGGGAAGCCUAAGCGUGAUGCAUCCAGAAACCAAGAAGGCUGUUGCUCCUGUUGAGCUAUGCCCAAUACUCAAAACACUAUACAAAAUUUUGAUCAAGAGGGAGCUUACGACCAAUUCCAUCCUCCAGGCAAUACGUGAUGAAUCAAUGUAUGAUCCACGGGAAAGAAUUGAGAUGGCACAGAGGCAGUCUCUUUACCGGCCAUCUCUUCUUGGCCUGCCUAAAGCUGAUGCGAAGGCCUAAGAUAUGGUGUUUCUUCCUACCUGAUGAGAGCUUGCAGGAGCCAGGAGGCGCUUACUGGUCUUCAAGAUCCUUACGUGCCUCAGAUGUGUGUUGUGUCAUGCGUGUACACUAAUACACUAUAGAGUUGGGUGAUGGCAUAUUUAGCAUGCCAGGAUAAACUUUAUUGCCCGUGUCUGAAAUACAAGCUGUUGUGAUUCAAAUUUAUUUGUCACUUAGACUGGAGUAAAGAUGUGUAUGCCUUUUAUUUUAUGAUGGCUUCAGAGUCUCAAAAUUGGUUGUAAGAUUACUCCCUGCGUCUCAAAAUAUAAUUCGUUUUAGAUU